GUCCUUGUAUAUGAGUUCCUGGGCAAAUACACAUAUUGGAUAUUGUUGGCUUUUUAUGAUGUGUAGAGUUUUGUUUCUGAGUGUGUAGUGUUGUCAAAUGGCCUAGGUCCGUUGUUUUGUUGGAAUACUAGAAACACUGCUACGUGUUUAUCAUGGAUGAACCGUACAUUAAUUUCAUUCCUCCUCCCGAGGCACCGGUUUUCACUCCCACUGAGGAAGAAUUCGCAGAUCCAUUGGGAUACAUUGCAAAAAUAAAACCCAUUGCCGAAAAAGCAGGAAUAUGCAAAAUUAAACCACCACCGGAUUGGCAACCACCAUUCGCAGUGGAUGUGGAUAAAUUUAGAUUUACGCCUAGAGUUCAGCGUCUAAAUGAACUGGAGGCCUUCACAAGAAUAAAACUGAAUUUUUUGGACCAGCUUGCUAGGUUCUGGGAAUUGCAGGGUUGCUCCUUGAAAAUUCCUCAUGUUGAAAGAAAGCUGCUGGAUUUGUACAACCUGUACAAAAUCGUUGAAGAAGAAGGGGGCAUGGAACUAGUUUCCAAAGAGAGGAAAUGGUCCAAAAUAGCACAGAGGUUGAAGUACCCCCCAGGAAAAGGGGUAGGGGGUUCUCUGCGGUCACACUACGAGAGGAUCCUGUAUCCAUUCUUUGUCUUCAAGAAGGGAGAUGCUUACCCUGCUGAGCAACCCAAACCAGACCUGACUACCAACUUGGAGGAGGACGACAAGUCCGACAAAGACUACAAACCACACGGCAUAGCCGCGAAAACUGCCGCGGGGGGAUACACUCGUAAGAACAAGAAAGAAAGAGCACAGAAAUCGCUUCCCCUUGACACAGAAGAAGUCCCCCCAGUUGUAGAAAAAAUGGACAUUGACUAUAGUGUAAACUCGGAGUUGAAGAAACUUCAGUUUUUUGGAGCAGGGCCAAAAGCUGCAGUACCCCAAGGAGGAGAGGUCAAAGAGGAGAACACAGUAGAAAUUGUUGAGAACGGAGGAGGAGUUAGUACCAGACACAAGAAUCCAGGGCCAGGGGCAUACACCACUGUGGACUUGUACAUCUGUCACAUGUGUAACCGUGGCGACGGAGAGGAGUACAUGUUGCUGUGCGACGGAUGCGACGACGCAUUCCACACCUACUGUCUGAUCCCGCCCAUGCCGGAGGUCCCCAAGGGGGACUGGAGGUGUCCUAAAUGUGUGGCCAAGUACAGAUCAUUUGCUCAAGCCUGUUGUCGACCAAUGAAUCCGUACGGAUUCGAACAAGCCAAGAAGGACUACAGUUUACAGAGUUUUGGUGAAAUGGCCGACCAGUUUAAAUCCAACUACUUCAACAUGCCUGUUCAUAUGGUGCCAUGCGAAACAGUGGAGAAAGAAUUCUGGCGACUGGUUAACUGUAUAGAGGAGGAUGUGUCUGUGGAGUAUGGAGCCGACAUCCACGCCUCGGAAAUGGGAAGUGGAUUCCCGACCAAGGACACCAAAGACAUGUUUCCAGAGGACGAGGAGUACAUGAACUCGGGCUGGAACCUGAACAACCUGCCUGUUCUGGAGCAGUCUGUUCUCUGUCACAUCAACGCAGACAUCUCGGGCAUGAAGGUCCCCUGGUGCUAUGUGGGCAUGUGUUUCUCCAGUUUCUGUUGGCACAAUGAAGACCACUGGAGUUACUCCAUCAACUACAUGCACUGGGGUGAGCCCAAGACUUGGUAUGGUGUCCCCGGGGCCAUGGCCGACCUGUUUGAGGACGUGAUGAAGAAGAGUGCCCCCGAGCUGUUCGAGGCGUCCCCCGAUCUCCUGCAUCAACUGACCACGAUCAUGAACCCUAAUAUUCUCAUGGACCACGGGGUCCCUAUUGUCCGCACCAACCAACAUGCUGGGGAGUUUAUCAUCACCUUCCCUCGCGCAUACCAUGCCGGCUUUAACCAGGGAUACAACUUUGCGGAGGCAGUGAACUUUGCACCGGCUGAUUGGCUUCCCAUUGGACGGGCUUGCAUUGAACACUACAGAUCUCUGUGUCGUCAGUGUGUUUUCUCACAUGAGGAGUUAGUGUGUAAGAUGGCCGCUGAUCCGGAUAACCUUGAUCUGAUUAUUGCGGCCAGCACACACAAAGACCUGCUCGCCAUAGUGGAGGAUGAGAGGAAACAGCGCAAAGUGCUGCUGGAAAUGGGAACAAAGGAGGCGGAGCGAGAGGCGUUUGAGUUACUGCCGGACGACGAGCGACAAUGUGACUAUUGUAAGACCACCUGCUUCCUGUCGGCCGUCACCUGUCCCUGUAAACCAAACAAGGUGGUGUGCAUUCAUCAUGUGAACAAGCUGUGUUCCUGUAGACCUUCGCAGUACUGUCUGAGAUAUCGCUACACGCUAGACGAAUUACCCACAAUGCUCCACAGGCUUAAGGUGCGAGCCGAAUCUUUUGACAACUGGACAACCAAAGUCAGAGCAGCUUUGGAGGCAGAUGUGGACGAAAAAAUUGACCUGCCCGACCUGAAGGAGUACAUCACAGAGGCCGAGGAGAAGAGGUUCCCAGACUCAGAGCUGAUGCAGCAGCUGGUGAUGGCGGUCAGUGAGGCGGAAAAGUGUGCCAACGUGGCCGCCCAGCUGGUCUCCAAGAAAGCAAGAACCAGGAACCGCCACAAUGACGGGAAAUACAUAGCUAAGCUGAGUCUUGACGAACUAAACUGUUUCUAUGAGCAAGUUGCCAGUCUGGCCUGUGUCAUCAAAGAGGCUAAAUUAGUCAAGGAGCUGCUGGAUAAAGUGGUCCAGUUCCAGAAGGAUGCUCAGGAGGCUUUGGAUGCGGAGACUCCGGACUCGGAGAAGCUAGAACAGCUGAUUGAGUUCAGCGUUACGCUCGACGUCGAUCUUCCCGAGAUUCCAAAACUCAAACAGGUUCUGCAGCAGGCCAAAUGGCUGGAUGAAGUUAAACUGACCCUCCUAGAAGACCAACAGCAGGUCACCCUGGAGUCGAUGAAGAAACUGAUGGAGGCCGGGGUGGGACUGGCCCCUCACCCCGCAGUGGAGAAGGCCAUGGCUGAACUACAGGAGCUGCUGACCGUGAGCGAGAGAUGGGAGGAGAAAGCCAGGAUCUGUCUUCAAGCUAGACCUCGCCAUGUGAUGGCUACAUUAGAGGCGAUCAUCAAUGAAGCCAAAGGUAUCCCAGCAUUCCUGCCCAAUGUCAGCGCACUGAAAGAUGCUCUCAAAAAAGCCAAGGACUGGACCUACAAAGUCGAGACCGUACAGAAUUCAGACUCAUAUCCUUACCUGGAUGCCCUGGAGAGCUUGGUGAACAAAGGCCGUCCCAUUCCAGUGAGGCUCGAUCAGCUUCCACAGGUGGAGUCCCAGGUAGCUGCCGCGAAGUCAUGGCGAGAGAGAACCGCCCGAACCUUCCUCAAGAAGAACUGUACAUACUCACUGUUAGAGGUUCUGUCACCUAGAGCCGACAUAGGAAUCUACAGCAGUAGUAAGAAAACUAAGAAGAAAAUCAAAGAGGAGGGUAGGGAUCGCCGCGACAGCGAAAAUAACAACCAAUCGGAUUACAGAGUGGACGAACAGAGAGAUCCUGCUGCCAUUGUGGCUGCUUUUAAGAUGGCAGAGCAGAGAGAGAUUGAGCUGAUGAGGGAGCUAAGGGACCGUAACUCUGCCAAGCUCCGACAGCCCCACGGUGAGGCCAAGUACUGCAUCUGUCGUAAGGAGGGGGCCGGGUUCAUGUUACAGUGUGAACUCUGCAAGGACUGGUUCCAUGGAACUUGUGUGCCAUUACCUAAAUCUGCCAACUUGAAGAACAAAUCUCAGCAAGCUGCCGCCGUCCAGGCAGCCAAGGAUCUCAAAUUCCUGUGUCCCCUCUGUCUGAGGUCUAGGAGACCCCGUCUGGAGACCAUCCUAUCCCUGCUUGUCUCUCUCCAGAAGCUGCCCGUCCGCCUACCUGAGGGUGAGGCCCUUCAGUGUCUGACCGAGCGAGCCAUGGCCUGGCAGGAUCGAGCUCGACAAGCACUCACAACGAGUGAGCUUGCCUCAGCUCUCGCCAAACUCAGCGUUCUGAGUCAGAGAAUGGUCGAACAGGCAGCGAGAGAAAAGACGGAAAAGAUCAUCAACGCAGAGCUGAUGAAGGCCGCCAAUAACCCAGAACUGCAGGGACAUCUUGCUAGCGUGACACAGAGUGCUUUUGGAGGGUCAUCUGGGGUUGUAAAUGGGAAACAGAUGGAUUCCGGAUUUCUGGACUCUGAAAAUUCCAUGUCGCCACCCAUGUCACCGGAACAGAAUUCGGAUGAUAUUCAGAUGGAGGUGGAGAUUGCCAGCACCAACCACACUGGAAUGUCAGAACAUGCUUACUCCACAGCAUCCAAAGGAGGAUCUAAUGCCUCCCCUAGGAAGCACCAGAGAAAAUCUCCAUUAGUGGCCCGGUCUGGCCUGGAAGCCCCUGUUUUGGAGCUCUCACUGACUGCCAAGAAACAGUUGGAGGAGCUGAUGAUGGAGGGAGACCUGUUAGAGGUCUCCCUGGAUGAGACCCAGCACAUCUGGAGGAUCCUCCAGGCCUGCCAGCCCAGGGGCGAGGGCAAGCUCCUGGACCUAGACAUAGGGGAUAAGGGACCUGAAAACAUUGUGCCCAAGGAAAACUUUGAAAGAGAAAAGAUGGUUGUGAAAUUCAAGAAAGAGAAAGAUCCAGAAAAGAAAAAGAAGAAGCGAAAGAAAGAGGAAGAAGGCGGGGACUUGUCCAAACCAAAGAAAAUGAAGGACGGGCCAGAGGGAGGGGACAGACCCAAGAAGGUCAAGGUCAAAAAGGAGAAAACGGAGAAAGAAAAGAAACUGCAGAAGGAGUUUGAACUCGUGCAAGAUCAGAUAAUUUCCGAAUCUGCAGCUUCGGACAUUGAAAAGAUCAAACUCAUGGUGGACCUAAAUGCUGAAAAACUGAAGAAACUUGAAAAACCAAAGAAAAAGAAAGUGAAAGUAAAGAAGGAAACGGGGACAGAGGAAGUGGUCACCGAGAAGAAGAAGAGGAAGCCAAGGAAGAAGAAGGAGAAGGAGUGUCUGGUGAUGAUGGAUGAGGAUGGGGAGGAAGAUGAUGAUGAUAACUGUGCUGCCAUCAAAUGUCUAAAACCUACAGGGGAGGAGGUGAACUGGGUGCAGUGUGACCGCUGUGAGGAGUGGUACCACCUGCUGUGUGUGGGUCUGGGCACAGACGAGGUGACCGAGGACGAAGAGUACGAGUGCUUCAAGUGUAAGAACAGUGACAGUGGUUUGACUUACGUCCAUUCCUCCUCUACCAGUGUGGAGGGAGUGGUCAACAGCCUAAGGGAGAGCAUGGAGCACUCAUCCAUGACUGCCAAUUCGGAGGGGGUGGUUCGGAACAGCAUGGUGAGGGAGAGUAUCACCAUCAGCACAUCAUCGGGGGUGGCGGCCACUCACGAGACAGAGGUUCUCUCCCGAGAAGACAUUGAGGUCAGUCCUCGUGAAAAAACAGGUAGUGUUUCCGCUCAGAUUCAGUCGCCCAUUAAGAUUCAGGAGUUCUGCUCACAGAAAUCUCUUGCGAGUAGCAAGGUGCUGGAGGGUGCCGUGUUCAAGUCAGUUACUGAGAAACCAGAGGCGGAGAAUUCUGUGAUAUCCGAGGAAGAGGAGGAGGAGCUAUUGGAAGACAGUGUUGAGGACAGUGUUCUUCAGGAAGUGGGCAGUCCUCAAGAGGAGAUGACUAUGCCUGAGGAAACUCCACAGAAUAUCAAGGGUGAAAGCCCGACCGAUUCCGUCAUUGUGGCAGACAUAUUGGACGGGAUGAUGACGCGUUUAGACUCGCCGAUAACUGUUAAAAAUUCGGUCACGGAAGAGAACAAAGAGACGAUACAGGAAGUAGAAACCAUGGAACAAACGGCCGAUGAAUCAUGACCUUAGAUCUCAUCCGCCUUGUUCACUGGGAUUCGUUAAAAUCUGAAUUCACUCAUGUAUCUGCAAACCAAUGCCAUGUUUGUCUGUUUGCCUGACCACUCACUGUUGGAGGUAUCAAAUGAAGUGCUUGCCCUUUUGUUAAUACAGAUCUUAACCACAAUUGGUCUGCUGUGGGGGGAGAAAAAACCUUGCUUUUUUCCCCUUAAAAAAAAAGAAUACCAUGAAAAUUGUUGAUUGUUUGCUUAUUUUCAUGUUUAACAUAUAUGAAUUUUUGCAUUUCAUUCAAGACAUUGAAUUCAUUUAUUGAUGAUGAGACUUAGACUCAAUGACCAUCCUUUGUGAAAGAAUUCAACCUUGAACACUUGUGGUUCUCAGUUGGAUGAUCGUGAACAUGUACAGUUUAUCAUCUGUUAAUUAGGAGCCAUUUUGUGUUGUAAAGUUUUGAGUGUUUAUCAUUUUUUGGAGUGCUACGAUUUUUUUAUUAAAAUCUCUCAGUUAAGAUCACUGUCCAUUUGACUUUGUUUAUAUUACACGUCACUGUGCAUCCCAAAUCUUGUUAUAAAAGACAAAUUCAUUUUAUUUAUUGUAUUAAACUUUUCCCUGUAUAUACAACAUUCUGGUUUUUGUUUUCAUUACAUGCAGAAAUCUAUUGGUUUUUUGUUUUUUUUACCAAUUGUUUUGUUGUACAUGGGAUAUGUAUUUUAUAAUUUUGUUGUAGAUUUCAGAGGGAGAGUUUAACAUGCAUGUACGUGUAUACAUAGUUGUUCUCCAGCAGUCAUUUUUUUUUUCAUCCCUUUGUUUCUCAAAGAUUAUGUGUUACUUGACCAUUUUAUAUACAUGUACAUUUUGAACAAGUCAUUUAUUUCAAAAGAAUACAGUGCUGUUGUGGACCGGAUAGAAGGUAGCUUCUUGGAUGGAGCAUCCUUAAUUUCUCAGCUGGAAAAUGAAAUGUUUAUUGAGGUGGGAGGAAGGGGGGGGGGGGGAGAGAGAAGAGAAAAAAGGUCUCUAAAUAUCAGUCUCGCAUAUUUGUGGUCUCAUAGUACUGUUCAAUGCAUUAUUUCUAUGCUGGGUGACUUAAACUAGUUGGCUAUCUGAUUAAUAUUCUUUCGAAAAACAAGAGAGUAACUCAUCAUUCAGUUAUCAAUUUACCUUUGAACUUUGUUUUGUUUGAAAAGAAGAAAAACGGUAGAAGCCUCAUAAAUGAAAAAAAAUAUCUUGUUUUGAUAUUCACAAUAUACACAGAUGUUUCAGGGAGAAAGUGAAGGGGUGAAUAGCUUGGUUUUUUUUCUCAUUCUCUCUCUCUCUCUGUUGAGUAGUCAUUUGCGGGAGAAAGCUUACAGCAAAACCAAACUUCUUAGUGGACUGAAAUAUAUGUACAUGCACAACAGUGCAACAUGCUUGUGAAAUAGUGACAUUGUUUUGUAUCAUUUACAUGUAAAGUUGUAUUGUAAUUUGUGAAAGUUGGUAUUUUGGCACUAAUUGUUCAUAGGAUUUCUCAGAGAUUUGACCUUGCAUUGUACAUGUUGUAAUUACAAAUUUAAUUUUUAAAAGAAGUAAAAAAGCAUUUGAGUUUAGAAAAGUAAAGAAUAAUAUGACAUACAUAUACAAAUUUGUAUGUAUGAUAAAAAUUAUUCUAUGACAAAUUAAGCCAAAAUAUUGACUUCCCAAUUAUCAUAAAAUUUAUCUCGUUUCAUAACAUGUACUGUGUGAUGUUAACAUGUACAUAUGAAGUCAAAUAUUGUGAUUUGUUUUUUUUUUUUAAGAGUGACUAAAUUUGGACUUAUGUAUGGUAUGGAAUUGGUUAUGAAUGGAUUUGAGUAAUAGUGUGUAGAUGAAAAGAAACAGCAAAACCACUAUAUUAAAGAUUACAGUAUAACAAGUUU